AUGCCUCCGGCUAGUCUCAUUCUGUUUCCAACAGCCACUGGAAUGUCAUCUGCUCGUCGUUGUCUUUUCGGACGUCCGACUCCGGAACAACGUUCCAGGACCCGGGAAUGGCUUGAUAAAGCUUGCAAGCGUAUGAGAGAGCAGGAAAGCCAGAAAUGGGGAUUCGACUUCGAACGCGAGCAACCUCUUCCAUCCCUUCAAUCGGAUUUCAUCUACGAUUGUUUGCCAGCGAACUAUGUUCCUGACUUCUACAGAGCCAAAUUCAUCACUGUUGACACCUCGAUGUCUACCAUCUCAACUUUAGACAUCAGCUCCACAACUCUGACUCCAUUGAGCUCCCCGAGUACUUCUGAUAAGGAGGAUCACUCAUUGCUCGAUCACAACAGCUCGUUUGAAGAUGAAGAAGAGCCGAAGAAAUGGCAGUUCCGGGAACCCCCAACUCCGAGAAAGUCUCCAAUGAAGCGUGUCCAGAAGAUCACGGAUUACAUGACUGUUUCCCGGAAGAAGAUCUCAUUGUCACCCAACAAGAUUUCACCGAAGAAUGUGAUCUACUCUCCGAAAUCCCGUCGUCCAACCGUCAGCACCCGUUCACCGUACUAA